GGCCACCGGGCGGGGUUAAACGGCCAAGGACUCGGGCGAGGCCGUCGAACGGGGAGACACUGCUUCCGGAGGUGUUCUUUCGCGGCCCAACAUGCGAUCCCGGCCGAUGACACCGGUGCGGCCCUUGUGGUGGUUGUUGUGGUGUUCUUGCUGCUGCUGCUGUUUCAGCGCCGAGUUGCCUGUGACUGCAAGCGAUGUCCAAGUUACUACUCUGCCGUCGAGCAGCUCCGAUGCCGCUCCCACAACCAUCUUUGCCGAGGCGACGACAGAGUCCCUACCAUCUAGCACACCAAAGACGCCCACUACUACAGAUUCUCCAGUGACGAAUGACACCACUGAAGCUACAUCUACGCAGGAGACUACAGGGGUGCGCCAGAACCAAAUCCAGAUCCAGGUGUGCGUCUUAUACUUUAUCUGUAUAGAAACUGCUACCGAGGAUCCGCUGCGCCAAAGAGUGGCCACAGCGUCGCCAACGACCACAUCGACGACCGUGAAACCGGUGCCGAAGCUCUCCAACGUGUCGGCCCCCUGCUCCGAGCGGCUGGGGACAUUCAUGCGUCGCAUGCUGCGAGGCUUCCCUUCCCGCCUGCCCGAGCUCUGGGAAUUCCGGCGCCGACGAUUUCUGCGUGCCGCGGUUGUCGGUGGCCUGCCACAACUGGCUGUGGAACGCAUGCAGGUCAACUGCAAUUUGAGCUCAGCGCACACAACGUGGAACGUGAGGCUCCGUGCCCAGCUCGAUGGUAUCUGUAACCUAGGCAUCACGGGCCUACCACGAAUGUACCUGCGCUUCACAGGGCCUGUGGUCGCCAACGCGCGCUUUGGGGCAUCGCUGUCGGACGACUCAAAGCCUCAGCUAGACGAGCUGCAGAUCUUGUCGGCCGACGUACAGGAGAUCCACUACCAGAGUGUGUUGGGCUUCGAGCAGCCAUUCGUGGAGCGAGCUUCCAAGUACCUCCUCCAGAGAGCGCUGCGCGAGGAAGUGCUCGGACCUCUCCGAGAGGCCAUCAACGCGGAGAUCGAGAACCCAAGCCCUGACCCGCCAGCCACAACAGAAGAUACCACUUUCCCCUGAGAGAUUCCCUUGAGAUUUCAUCAUAGCUGUGCCAUAAAUAAAUAAAUUAUUUAUUUGCUA